AUUAAUCCGUGUACCAAAUUUCAGCUUCCUAGCACUAUUUUGAAAUUUUGGCGCAUAAUACCCCACUCACUUCCAUGACCCACACAGGUCAGCCGAUUGACCGGUGGGGGUGGACUUAACUCCUACUUUGUCUAGCACACAUGUGUGCAAAACUUGAACUCGAUCAGCCAUCGUGUCUCGGACGUAUACACAUGACGAUUCUAUAAACCCUGGCUCGGGCUAAAAAGUCAUGUGUUCUCGUGGUCAGUGGAAAGGGGGAGUCCGUUUAUUUAUGAAGGGUUUUAUGGCUUGACAAAUGUGAGGUGAGGUAAUGGAUGGAAAUCUUCAGUUGGGUUGAUGUAAGAGAGAAAGCCAGAGGGACGUUGUGGGAGGGAGAUUGAUAAUGUGUAUACGAAGCAGCAGCCUGCGUGUGUCCGACAAGAUAGCCUUCAUCAAUUCUAUGGCCCAUUUUUGCAGUCCUCCCCUCUCCUGAAUAAUCCUGAUAUGCAGAGGCCGAACAGCCAAAUAAAAUGAAUCACUGGGACCCACCACAACACAAAAUACUCGUACACAUAUUUGCAAAAUGGUCUGGAAUUACUACUGCACGACUACACAUUCUAUCGCCGAGCUCGAAACCUCUAAAAUGUAUUUUCCAGUAACGCAAGUCUUCCUGGACCUUGUUUUUCUGGACUGAUUUUUGACACAAGCGUUUUGUAUCUUUUCUUCAAAUUUAUUUUAAAAAUUGAAGAAAACCUGCAUACAAAUAACGCUUGAAUUGUAAACUGUGAGAGACAUGGGAUGGUUCCCUGGGCACUACUUAAGUAACAAUAGCAGCACAUUUGACAGUUGGCUAAGUAUGCACGUUGGGCGUAUUAAGUAGUCCGUACCAUCAUCAUCAGCAAGAAUGUGCACACACACAACACACACGCUUAUGCUUCACGACGGAGAAAGGAGAGCGUUAGAGGAAGGGUGGUUCCUCUCCGGGCAUCGCAGUUUCACCCGAAGAGAAAGCAGCAAUCUGUGCUCACUUGUAGAGUUUCUUCCCGUCUGUCGACACACCAUCACCGUCGUCGCGUCCUUGUCUCUCCUCGGGCACAACAAUCUCACAACAACCCAUUUCACAAGACUUUCUCAACCUGCACCAUUAGCUCCAAUUGCACUUUUGAUCACUCCUGGCUGUAUCAAGAACUUGUUGAAACUGAGACAAUAAAAAGCUCAAUAGUUCAAACAGAUCCUGAGGAUUAACGAGGUCCUGACAGAUUCGCCAUCUCCCUAUUUCUCACAUCACCCCUUUACUAGUCUGAACGUCUAAUUUCCUUCAUUUAGGAGGAUUAGUCAUCACUGAUUUGAACGACGCAGAGUUGACAAACCAGACUCGAAGGAAUUACGAACUAGUUGGGAUUUAGAGCAUAAUCCAAGAUGAGUUCAUGUCCAAGUGGAGGGCGAUCGAGAUCAAGGAAUUCAAGCAUGAAAACACUUUGUCUGGUGACAUUAUUACAGCUACUUCAAACAAGUGACGUCCAAUGUGCUACAGAGAACUUCCGCAGUCCUGCAGCAUAUGAUUACACGGAUGAAUUGGGUCGUUCGACGUCGAGGGAAGCAUUCAUCCCUUCAAUCUCAUCCCAGAUUGGCUACAACCCUGACGUAGGCACCGUAGAAGAUUUACAGAAACGUCACUUGGGAUCCGUUGUCGCUCUUUCUGGAGGCAAGGACAAGCUACUUCUACCACGUCAGUUGACACCCGAGAUGUUGAAACGCCAUUUGGGCUCAAUCGUUGCGGCAUCAGCAACAGGAUCAAAGCAGAAACAAAUUUUAUCCCAAAUGGAAAAGAGGUAUUUGGGAUCUGUGUUGUCCAAGUCAGGAUUUGCAUCAAAUUCCGCACGACAGCGAUCAGGGUCUUCUGAUGAAAGUUUAACCAAAAGCAAACGACACUUGGGUGCAAUGGCGAAAAUAAAUUCCAAACCAUUCAAACGUACUCGUGAAUUUGACGAUACCGAAUCUGGAGAAAUCUCGGAUGACCUUUUUUACGACUACCCCGUCGACAUUAAUAACCGAGUUGAUGGGGAUUCCGAUGGGUUUCAGGAUAGCAAUGUUGUUUCCAUCAAGACCAAACGAUUCCUUGGAUCACUUGCAAGAGGGGGAUGGUUUCCGAGACAGUUCAGAGGAUUUACGGCAGAGAAUCCAUACGACAAGAGGCACGUUGGAUCUGCUGCACGAGUUGGUUGGCUUCCUCUUUCGAAAUCUGAUCGUGAUUAUUUUGGCGAAGGGACAGGAUUUAAAAGGAACAUCCAGUCUGUGAAGCAAAUUCAGUACGCAGCUCCAGUGAAUACAUGGGGCUGGGGAAGGCAACGGGAAAAGAGAUCAAAUACGAUCUCUUAUUAAGAACAAGAACCAGAAUUUCAUCAUUUUAUCUUUGUACCUUUUGAUGGUGUGGUGCUUUAUGCUUUUCGUGAUCCACUUUUCAUGUAGGCGUAUGAAUGAGAGUGACAGCAUUGUUUCAAGAAUUGCUUAAUUUGAGUGAACAAAAUUAACUCUUGACUCUACACAUGUAAUUACACGUAGUUGUAAGUAGUGAAGUAGAUUAAAUUUUGCUCGUGAAACCGUGUCGAAGUAGGAUACCCAUCAUACAUACAAACUUACAUAUAAUAAAUAUAUACAAUCCAAAUUGAACCUUUCUGGAUUAAUUGAGUAAAAUUAUAUUAAGGUGACUCAAUAAAUAAAGUAAUUUGAUGCGCCUCAA